UUUCAAACACAAACACCCUUAAAAUCAUGUAAUUGAAAAAAUUGUACAUGAGAGAAUACCUAAACAUUUUUAUUUACCUACUAUAAAAUCUCCUUGGUCAACAAUGGCAACCCAGUUAACAAAUUUCCUACCUGACCCAACAUUUACCAUUUUAAAUCUAUGCAACCGACCUCAACCUUGGCCUAUAAAUAUUUCUUCCAUCCAUUUAGAGAGAGAGAGAGACAGAGAGGGAAAAAAAGAAAAAAGAAAAAAGAAAAAAUAAAGAAAAAAGAAAAAAGAGGCACAAAGUAAGAAAUGGAGAAACAAAGAGGCCAUGUGAUUGUGCUCACAUAUCCUGCGCAAGGCCAUAUUAACCCACUCCUCCAGUUUGCUAAACGCUUAGCCUCCAAAGGGCUCAAGGCUACUCUAGCGACCACCCAUUACACCAUCAACUCCAUUCAAUCCACCACAGUAGGUAUCGAACCCAUCUCCGAUGGCUACGAUGAAGGUGGGUUCAAGCAAGCACCCAGUUUGGAAGUCUAUUUGGAGUCAUUCAAAACAGUUGGCUCAAGAACUUUAGCAGAGCUGAUACUGAAGUUCAGCGAGUCUACUUCACCUGUCAAUUGUAUUGUAUAUGAUUUACUAGUUCCAUGGGCUGUUGAUGUGGCUAGGCAGUUCAAUAUCUAUGCUGCUGUGUUCAUGACAAACUCGGCUUCUGUUUGUUCUUUGUAUUGGCAUAUCGAUCGUGGUAACCUUUCUUUCCCUGUGAAGCCAGAAACUCUGCCUCUGUUAGUGCCUGGUCUUCCUCCACUCGACCUUUCUGAACUUCCAAGCUUUCUCGCUCAGCCUGGGAAUCACUCUGCAUACCUGGCCAUUAUCAUGGAAAAAUUUGGAUGCUUGGAAGAAAAUGAUUGGGUUUUUUGCAACUCCUUUGAAGAAUUAGAAAGUGAGCUAGUGAAGGCCAUGUCAGGACUGUGGCCCUUUGUGAUGAUAGGUCCAAUGGUACCAUCAGCCUAUCUAGACCAACAAAUUGAUGGAGACACAACAUAUGGAGCAAGUCUUUGGAAUCCAACAACUGAGUGCUUGAUAUGGUUGGAGGCUAAACCAGCAAACUCUGUAAUAUACAUUUCCUUUGGAAGCAUGGCAGACAUUCAACCAAAACAGCUUGAAGAAAUUGCCUGGGGCCUAAAAAAUAGUGGCAAGCAUUUCCUAUGGGUUGCCAAAGAGCCUGAGAAGAGACUUCCAAAUGAGUUUUUGAAUUCAAUAGGUGAAACAGGAUUGGUUAUUCCAUGGUGUGACCAACUAGAGGUGCUAGGAAACCAAGCUGUGGGCUGCUUUGUGACACACUGUGGAUGGAACUCAACGUUGGAAGGGUUAAGCCUAGGCGUUCCGAUGGUUGGCUUGCCACAAUGGAGUGACCAGCCUGCUAACGCAAAAUUUAUGGAGGUCCGGGGUGUUGGGGUGAGAGCUAAGAGAAAUGAAGAGGGGAUUGUUACAAGGGAAAAUCUAGAGAUGAGCAUAAAAGAAGUUAUGGAUGGGGGAAAAAGUGGAGAGAUCAGAAGGAAUGCCUUGAAAUGGAGAGAAACUGCAAAGAAGGCCGUUAGCAUAGAUGGAAGCUCAGAUAAGAAUAUCAAUGAAUUUGUAGAGAAGUUGGUAAAAGGGGAAGGAAAAAAAGGCUGAUAAGAUAUUGAUAACCACAAGAAUGCUUUUAUCUUGUAACAUACUAUUUCCAUAUUCCAAUUUGGGUUGGAGAUUGCAUUUCCAUGCACAUAUUGGAACAGCUAGAAUAUGUAAAGAAUAAUGAUAUUGUAUUUUAUGGGUCUUUACAAUAAUACUUCUGUUGAAUCCUAUAAA